CACACAAAUACAAAUAAUUAAAUCUAAUAUAUAUAAAUUUUAAUAAAAGAUAAAAAAUUUUAUAAGAUUAAUAUUAUAAUAAAAAUAAAAAAAAAAAAAAAAAAAAUUUUAUGUUUAAAAAAAUGAUUAAGGUUGCAUCCAAGACACCUGUAGUAUUUAAAGAUAGAGAAGAUGCAGGUAGUCAAUUAUUAAACUUUAUUAAAAAAGAGUUUAAAGAAAGCGAAAUUACCCCAGAGAAAAUGUUAAUUGUAGCACUACCUCGUGGUGGAGUGCCAGUAGCAUAUCCAAUUUCAUCAGCUCUUAAAUUACCAUUGGAUCUGGCCACUCCUCGUAAAAUAGGUGCUCCUGGUCACGAAGAGUAUGCUAUAGGUGCUGUAGCAGAACAAGGGGAAGCAUUCAUCAAUGAAGAAUGUAAAUCAUUUCUUUCAUUCAAUAAAAAUGCUAUAAACCAGGAAAUCGAAAAGCAAAAAGAAGAAUCUAAAAGAAGACAACAAGUGUAUAAAAAAAAUAGAAAACCAAUCGACUAUCAAAAUAAAACGAUUAUUAUUGUAGAUGAUGGUAUUGCCACAGGUUCAACAAUGAGAGCAGCUAUUAACUCUAUACACACCAAAAAUCCCAAAAAAAUUGUUAUAGCAGUUCCAACAGCUCCAAUGGACUCAUUAGAAGAAAUAGCCAAGAUAGACAAAGUUAAUGAAAUUUUAUGUAUCUCAACACCUCGCGAUUUUAUGGCAGUUGGUUGUUUUUAUGAUACCUUUGAUCAGACCAAUGAUGAAACUGUUAUUGAAUUAUUAGAAAAGUCAAUCAAUUAAAAAAAAAAAUAAAAAAAAAUAAUAUUUAAUUUAAAUAAU